AUGAGUGGGACACUUACAGCUUCCAGGGCCUUGGCAUCAGUCUCUGCCUUGGUUGCCUUGGCCUCAGCCGCCUCCAACUUCUUGCUCGUCGCUAGCCUUCUUGGCGGCAGCGAGGUCGUCACCAAGGGCCUUGGCCUUGGCGGCGCUGUCCUCCUGUUCCUUUUGGAGGGCCUGGAUCUUGGUAGCCUGCUCAGCAACCUCCUUGGUGAGAGCUUCCUUCUCCUCGGCCAGGGCCUUGGCCUUGGCCUCGGCCUCGGCGAUGCUGGCCUGAGCCUUCUCGAGGGCCACCUUAUUCUCUUCGGUGAGCUUCUUCUGGGCCUCCUCCUUAUCGGCAACGUCCUUCUGGGCCUUGGCGACCUCAGCACGGGAUUGCUCCAGCUCGGCCUCGACCUUGGACAGAGCAGCGUCGCUCUGUUCCUCGGCCUCGGCGAGGGCCUUCUUGGCAUCGGCAGCUUCCUUCUGGGCAGCGGCCAGGUCAGCGGCAGAUCCGGUCUUCAGGCCCUCGUUGGCCUUCUCCAGCUCAGCGUACUUGGCCUCGAGCUCCUCCAGGGCGCUCUGCUUCGAGGCAAUCUCGGCAUUGGAUUCAGUGGACAGCUUGUCGUGGGUCUGCUGCAGGGUGGCGUGCUUGCUCUCGAGCUCGCCCAGGCUGGUCUUGGAAGCAGCAAGCUCCGCCUCGGAGUCGGCCUUGAGCUUCUCGUGCGUCUCGGACAGUGCCUGGAGCUUGGCCUGGGAGUCGGCGGCAGCCUGCUUGUGCUCCUCGAGGGCCUUGUUGGCAGCGGUGAGGUCGGUCUCGAGCUUGGCAGAGGUCUCCUUCAGGGAGCCCUGCUCCUUCUCGGCGGUGGUGGCGCGGGCAAUGAGGGCCUCAAUCUCGGCCUUGAGGGCCUUCUCGGACGCAUCGAGGGCCUCCUUGGCGUCGGUCACCUCCUGGGUGAGCUUGGUGAUCUCGGCCUUCAGGGUCUGACGCUCGGCAUCGACGGCCUGGACAUUCUCCUCGACGAGAAUCAGCUGCUUCUUUGUAUCCUCGAGCUCCUGCUUGAAAGCCUCGUGCUCCUCGCGAGUGAGCUCCUCCUUGGUCUUCAGCUCGGUCUGGAGCUCGGCAAGCAGCGACUUGGUCUCAUCGCCGGAGGAGUGAAGCUGGCCUUCGAGAUGCGUGUCUGGGAGGUACGGGCGGGGGAGGAAGAGAGGAAGAAGGACAAAUAG